AUGAGUAACAAACUUGGUUCAAUAAUUGCAAAGUUCGCAAACCUUUCCAAUAAUAACGUAUCAGUAUUUAAUAACCCACGUUUUAUCUUCGAAGGAAACAACUUUCCAAUGGUCCUAACGAAAAUAUGUAAAUCUAGUAAAACUUCCGAUGGACAUCGUUGGCGAUGCAGAAAAGACCUUCAUGACUUCGUAGUCUUUGAGAACGGAUUUAUAGUUAUCACAAUCAAACUUAACAAUAGACCCUUUCAGGCUAGUUCAUUCGAACCAGUUUGUCGUCAAUACCCAGAGGGGGCAAGUCAAUUAUCUGAAAAUAGAAAUAAUGGCAUUGAUGCAAUAUUUCUAUUAAGAAUUGGCUUAUCCCUACGGAUUAACAAGCUUUCCUUCAAUUCCAAAUCAAAAUUAAGAAAGAAGGAAAGAAGGUUACAUGAAAAACUUAAACCAACUGGGUCAAAGCUAGGAAUAUUAUAUGGUUUAUGUAAAAUUCACAAAUCUAUUGUUAACGGAAGUCCACCUUUUAGGCCCAUUUUAUCGGCUAUCGAUACACCCACCUACAAUUUGGCUAAGUUUCUUGUACCACUUUUGGCACCCUUAACAGUUAAUGAGUAUACUGUUUUCAACUCUUUUUCCUUUGUUGAAGAAAUUAGUAAACAGGACAGUAGUUUGUUUAUGGCUAGCCUAGAUGUUGAUUCUUUAUUUACAAAUAUUCCUUUGCAAGAAACUAUAGAUAUUUGUACUGAUUCUUUAUUUUCAGAGACUGACCCAGUCAGUAAUUUUUGCAAAAGUGAUUUUCGUAAACUCCUCUCUCUGGCCACAGAAAAUUCUUAUUUCACGUUUGACGGUCAACUAUUCAAGCAAGUCGAUGGGGUAGCUAUGGGUUCACCUCUUGGCCCCAGCCUUGCUAAUGCUUUUCUUUCGCACCACGAAAAGACUUGGUUGGAUAAUUGUCCAUCAUCCUUUAAGCCAGUGUAUUAUAGAAGAUAUGUUGAUGAUGUUUUUGUGUUGUUCUCAUCUCCUAGCCAUUUGCCUCUAUUUAAUGACUAUCUUAAUAGGCAACACAUCAACAUAUCUUUCACGUCUGAGUGCGAGGCCGAUAAAACUCUUCCGUUUCUUGACGUAUCUGUUUCUCGCAAUGAAUCAAAGUUUGUUACAUCUAUCUAUAGGAAACCUACAUUUAGUGGUGUUUACACGAAUUACAACAGCUUUUUGCCGGAAGAAUAUAAAACGGGUUUGAUAAUGACAUUGAUUUUUCGGAUAUUUAAGAUUGUUUCUGAUUUUUCUAGGUUUCACUUAGAAAUGCAAGAUCUUAGAAACAUUCUGUUAAGAAAUGGCUACCCGUCAAGUUUGAUUGAUCAAUGCAUUAAGUCUUUUCUCGACAGAAUGUUUCAAGAUAAGAAAGUUUUCAGUACCGUACCUAAGUUAGAAGUUCUUAUUAUUUUGCCAUAUUUGGGUAAUAUAUCGUUGAAACUGCGAACUCACUUAGUUAAAACAUUUGAUAAGCAUCUUCCGUGCUGUAAGCUUAGGGUUAUUUUCAAAUCGGGUUGUAGAAUUGGAAAUUUUUUCCGGUUUAAGGACCGUGUUUCAAAGGCUCUGCGUUCAAAAGUCGUAUAUAAAUAUCAGUGUGAUGGCUGCAAUGCCAUCUAUUAUGGGAAAACUAUGCGACAUUUGAAAGUUAGAGCCUGCGAACACAUGGCCGUUUCUGCCUUGACUGGAAAAUCCGUCAAAUCUAUUAACCCUAGUGCGGUUUUGGAGCAUGUUGUUUUCUGUAAAAAUAGACCAUCUUUAGAUAAUUUUUCUAUUAUCUCCUCCGCAUCUAAUAAUUUUGAUUUGGAAUUGAAGGAAAGCUUGUUAAUCCGUAGGGAUAAGCCAAUUCUUAAUAGAAAUAUUGCAUCAAUGCCAUUAUUUCUAUUUUCAGAUAAUUGA